CACAGUAAUCGUCGCUUUGCCAUCACAAUAACACAUGUUUUGGCUAAAGUUUGUUUAUAAAUAAAAUUUGGUUAUAAUGUUGGCGCCAAUUAAGCAUUUAUUGGGCAAUUAUCGCAUUGUUUUGGCCAGCGGCUCGCCAAGAAGGCAGGAACUGGUUAAAAUGUUGGGCUUAAAUGCAGAACUUUGUCCUUCAACUUUUGAAGAGAACUUGAAGCUGGAGGAUUUUAAGGAAUUCUCUGAUUAUAUAGAGGCCACCGCUUUGGGAAAAGCCGAGGAAGUCUUUGAAAGAUUGAGUUCCUCUGGGGAUUCAAAGGAUUUGAUAGUAAUAGCUGCAGAUACGAUGGUGACUUUGGGAAAGGAGAUCUACGGAAAACCAAAGGACUCGGCAGAUGCAAUUCGAAUGCUAACCAAUUUAUCUGGAACCUCCAAUCGCGUUUUUAGCGGCGUUGUACUGAAACAUGCCCAAGGAAUUCGCAAAUUUACAGACACCGCAGACGUUUACUUUGGUGACCUGCUGCCAGAACAAAUUCAAAGCUAUGUGGAUUCCGGAGAUCCUCUAGAUAAAGCUGGAGCCUAUGGCGUCCAAGGACCUGGAGGAGCCCUUAUUCACCGAAUCGAUGGAGACUUUUACUGCGUGAUGGGACUACCUCUGCAUCGACUGUGCUGUGAACUAAAUAAACUGUUCCUUGAAGAUCUAUCAGCGUAAGAGAAGUGCCAUUGUCUUGCUCAUCACAACCAAGAUAUCUGAGGGCUAUGCGGCAACAAGCGUCAGAGGCUACGCUCUUGUGAUUUUAAUCUUGGCUGAUAAGCGGUUGUAUCUGUCCGACACUCUGGGCUUAUUUGUUUUGUUUUUUUUUAGCCAAGUCAAUUAAAAAUAAAAAUCAUAUUGCUAA